AUGAAAAUAAAUUCAAUAAUUUAUUUUUUAAAAAUUUUUAUUAUUAUAAAUAUAUAUAUAAUUAAAAUUAAAGGAACAGAAGAAUGGAAAUUUACACAACCAGCAUUAUUUGAGAGUGUAUUAUCACCGAUGCCAAGUACAAGGACAUUGACAUGGAGUGGUACUGAUAUCACAUUGAAUAUUACAUCAAGUAGUGGUCAAAAAUCACCAACACAAAUAUUAGGAAUCAAUCUUCCAACAAAUAGUAGUACAUUUAAUAAUGUGGAUUUAUUAAGUUUCUUUUCCAAUAAAACCUAUGCAUCAUUUCUCUCACAAUUCAAUUGCAAAUUAAAUGCACCAACUUGUGAAGAAAUUAAUUUUAGUGAAAAUGUAAACGAUGUUUGUUUACUACUUGCAUCAGUGGAUGGGUACGAUCGUGUGUCGCUCUAUGGCAGAGAUACAACAGCGGGAUAUGCGCAAUCGGCAUUCUCCACUUACAAUCAAGUGAAACCACUAUCAUGGGGAGUAGUUAAAAAGGGUACAUUCAAUAGUAAUGCCAAUGCAUCGGAAUGCUCACCAAUAAUGAUCACAGAGAAACAUGACUACUUUUCAUUGGGUUGUUUUAAUCGUGUUUGUGAGAACCCAAAUUUCGUCAUAUUGAAACCAAAUAUCUCUAUCAAUUAUAUCAAGAUUUGUUAUGACUCUUACUCUGCCUCUGAAUUUAUUAUGUAUUCAUUCGCUAGAUGCUCAAAUCCAUCAUUGGAGAUCACUCGUCAACCAUUGUCUAUUGAUUUCUCAAUUGCAGGAUACGCUUUUCUUGAUAGUCAACCCGCCGAUGGUAUCUAUAAUCCAUUGGUCGAUAGUCCAAUGGCUGGUGUGGUGGUUGAAUUGUUAACUUCAAGUGGUUUACCAGUUAGAAAUAAACUUGGUAUUGUUUUACCCUCAACUACAGACAAUCGUGGCUCCUAUAUCUUUAGUGAUGUUGCCAGAGGUGCCUAUCGUAUUAAAUUCACUUUUCCACCUCAAUACGAACCAACUAUUAAAAUUAAAAAUGCUGAUAAUUAUAAAUCUUCAAAAAUUAAUCCAAAUUUCUCAACUGAUCUCUAUAUACUUUCAAAUACUGCCUUGGGUGUAAGAUUGACAACAACUGAUGAUAUUGGUGUUACAACUGAUAGAAUCUUACCUGGUAUUAAUGGUGGAGUAGUUGGAAUAUAA